GCCCGUCGGGCUCGCCCGCCUGAGGCUGCACCCCACCGCCGGCCAUGGCUGUCGCCCACGGCGUGCUCCUCCAGGGUUUCGAGUCCCCGGCUGCCGCCCCCAGGACGUCCUCCGGACCGCGCCGAGCCCAGGCGAGGCGGCGAGGAGAGGCCACCAAAAGAAAAUACCAAGGGUCCAGUGAGGCUCCCCCAGGGAAACGGAAGAACGAGACAUCAUUUCUCCCGGCAAAGAAAACUGCUCCAAAAGAAACACAGAAGACUUUUAAGGGGAAAGCACAGAAAAUAUUUUCUCUGAAGAAGUCUUCCGCUAGUGCCAGUGAUAGAAAGCAAGAACAGAAACCAUGCAUUAAGACUUCAUCAUUGUUUAAAAACAACCCUGAAAUUCCAGAACUCCACAGACCUGUAGUAAAGCAGGUACAAGAAAAAGUGUUUACUUCAGAUGCUUUUCAUGGAUUGGACCUCCACCCACAUUUGAUUUCCACAAUAAAUACAGUCUUAAAAAUGUCAUGUAUGACCAGUGUUCAGAAGCAAAGUAUUCCCGCGUUGCUGGAAGGCAGAGAUGCUCUCGUGAGAUCGCAGACGGGCUCAGGUAAAACUCUUGCCUACUGCAUCCCUGUGGUCCAGUGUCUUCAAGCAAUGAAAUCAAAAAUACAGCGCAGCGAUGGCCCCUAUGCUCUGGUGCUCGUGCCAACGAGAGAGCUGGCUCUACAAAGCUUUGACACUGUCCAGAAGCUGCUUAAGCCAUUUAACUGGAUUGUGCCUGGAGUGUUGAUGGGAGGAGAGAAGAGAAAAUCAGAAAAAGCCAGACUCCGCAAAGGAAUAAAUAUCCUUAUCUCAACUCCUGGUCGUCUGGUGGAUCACAUAAAAUCCACAAAGAGCAUUCAUUUUAGUCGGAUACAGUGGCUGGUUUUGGAUGAAGCAGACAGAAUCUUGGACUUGGGUUUUGAAAAGGAUGUCACAGUGAUCCUCAAUGCCGUGAAUUCUGAGUGCCAGAAACGACAGAACGUCUUGCUGUCGGCAACGCUCACAGAAGGUGUAGCACGGCUGGCUGAUAUCAGUUUGCACAAUCCAGUCUGUAUUUCUGUCCUGGAUGAAAGCCAUGGUCAGUCUGACCCAAAGGGCCGAGCAGUUCCUGAGGUUUGGCCUCCACAAGCUAGCGACGAGCUGCACAGCUUUGCAAUACCAGAGAGGCUGGAUCAGCACGUGACGUUGGUUCCCAGCAAACUGAGGCUUGUCUCCUUAGCAGCCUUCAUCCUGCAGAAAUGUAAGUUUGAAAAAGACCAGAAGAUGAUCAUCUUCUUCUCAAGUUGCGAGCUGGUGGAGUUCCACUACCACCUCUUCGUCCAGACCCUGCUGAGCUGCUCAGGAGCCCCCGCGUCAGAGCAGCCACCAUCUGCCUCCUCACAAUUAAAAUUCCUACGGCUGCAUGGCAACAUGCAGCAGGAGGAAAGAACAGCAGUGUUUCAAGAAUUCUCACAUUCCACAGCAGGCAUCCUUCUUUGCACAGAUGUUGCAGCUCGGGGCUUAGAUCUCCCUCAAGUCACAUGGAUUGUUCAGUACAAUGCUCCAUCUUCACCCGCUGAAUACAUCCAUCGGAUUGGGAGAACCGCCCGGAUUGGCUGCCAUGGGAGCAGCCUGCUCAUUUUGGCUCCUUCGGAGGCAGAAUAUGUCAACUCGUUGGCUUCUCACAAAAUCAAUGUUUCUGCGAUUAAGGUGGAAGAUAUUUUGUCUGUCCUGACAAGGGAUGAUUGUUUCAAAGGGAGGCGCCGGGGAAAGCAGAAAUCCCGUGCCGUGGGCCCCCAGGAAAUCCGAGAGCGAGCCACAGUCUUGCAGACAGUAUUUGAAGAUUACGUGCACUCCAGUGAGAGGAGGGUCUCCUGGGCAAAGAAAGCCCUGCAGUCCUUCAUCCGAGCCUACGCAACCUACCCCCGGGAGCUGAAGCACAUCUUCCAUGUCCGACUGCUCCACCUCGGGCACGUGGCUAAGAGCUUUGGGCUAAGAGAUGCCCCCCAAAAUCUUAGUGUCUCAGCUAUAAAGAAGAGGAAGGCAAACCUGAAAAGGCCUGACCUUCAUAGGAAGAUGCAGAGUAAACACCGCCUUGCUGAAAUCUUGCGUUCGGAAUACUCCAGCGGGAUGGAGGCCAGCGUCGCCGAGGUCAAAGAGCAAAACAAACAUGCAGCGCGCGGCAGCCAGCCAUGCAGCGCCGUCUGCACCCGGCUCCCAGCCUCGGCCGUGGGAAAACAUAAAAAACACUCUCCAUGAAGCAGAGAAAAGUCCAGAAAGACUUACUGAGGGACAAGAAUUCCCAGAAAGUUUUUUUAAACUCUGCUUCCACAGGGCUGGGCCUCGGAGUGGAUCCCAGGGGCCCCUGGAGGCACUAGAUGGCCUCCAUAUUCUUGUCAAGUAGUACUGGUGCCGCCCUGCCCUGAAGACUGAGCCCCGGAGGCUCCUGGAGCCCCAGCCUUGCCUCUGGUCAGGAGAGCCCUUCCAGGAAGCAGUGGGGCGCAGGUGGGGCUAGCGCCCGCACAGUGUAGGCGAGCCACUUAGCUUGUGCCUUACGGAAGGUACCUUACAUCCUGCAUUUAUCCCACCAAUGCCAGACACUUGUCUUUGCCAGUAGAUCAAAUGGCGCCCCCACAACUUACUGUAAAAGCCUACUGUCCCCACCUCAGCCAGGAGGGGCUGGGAGCCAGCCUGGGACAGCGUUUUGCUGUAGCCACCCAAUCAGUGCAUCUAUUGUCAUGAAUUUUGUGAAAUUGGAUUUUAAAGUCUUGAAUUUAUAAAAGAAGAGGAAAAAAUUUAUCACA